UCCGAAUGACCUUCAAUUCUUCUUAAAAUGUAUUCGUUUGAACGAUGGACUUCAUGUACACACUGAUACGAUUUUCUAAAACGUUUGCAAGGAUCUCCAACAGCUGACAUACUGCCAUUAUACUUUUUAAAACGACGUUCUUUUAUAAGGUCUUUAAAAUCCCGUAUCCCAAAUCCCCUUCAUACCCCUGUCUGGAACUAGUAGGCGCGUGGAUAUUCUUAAAGAGGUUGUUAGGUAUUUGUAGUGAAAGUGUUUCUUAUUGUAUGUGAAAGUGAAUUUUGUGGCUAUGUAAGUGACAUAAGUGUCGAUGACAAAUACGCAAAGAAACUACUAACUACGUCCAAAAUGGCACAGGACUCCGACGAUAUAAAUUUAACUAAUCAAGAACUGCAGGUGCUGUCGGAACUUGACAGUCGGCAGUUUGGGUUCUUGAAGUUAAACACCCCAGAACAAGCAAAGAAGAAAGAACUUGUUUUAAAGGCCGUGAAAUAUUUAGAGAGAAUGUUGGUUCAGGCCCAGAAUCAGAAAGAACGUAGUAAACACAUAGAGAAAGAUGACACAUUAAUCCAGAAAGAGAUAAAUAUUGAUCCUAAAACAUACUGCAAAUUGGGCCACUUUCAUCUCUUGCUUGAAGAUUAUGCAAAAGCCAUGUCAGCAUAUCAGAAAUUCUUCGGUCUGAAAUCUGAUUACUGGAAGGACGCAAAUUUCUUGUACGGGCAAGGUCUGGUUUAUUUCCACUUCAAUGCAUUCCAGUGGGCCGUCAAAGCCUUCCGACAGGUUCUUUACGUCGACCCAGGCUUCUCCCGCGCCAAUGAAGUCCACCUCCGUUUGGGGUUGAUGUUCAAAGUGAACAAUGACUGGGAAUCUGCCUUAAAACAUUUACAGUUAGCUCUGAUAGACGCCAGCCCUUGUACGUUCUCCAAGUUAGAAAUUCGUUUUCAUAUUGCACAUUUGUAUGAAGUUCAAGGAAAGUACAAAAGUGCUAAAGAAAACUACGAGCAGCUGCUUCGCGAAAAAGAUUUACCAACUCACUUGAAAGCUGACAUAUGCAGACAAUUAGGUUGGAUGUACCAUUGUGUUGACUCCCUGGGAGAUAAGAAUCACCGUGAAAGUUUAGCUAUACACUGCCUACAGAAGUCAAUUGAAGCUGAUCCUAAAUCUGGACAAUCCCUCUAUCUUCUGGGACGCUGUUUUGCUAGCAUUGGGAAAGUACAUGAUGCAUUUAUUGCAUACCGUAAUUCUGUUGAAAAAUCUGAAGGCAAUGCAGACACCUGGUGUUCAAUAGGUGUCCUUUACCAGCAGCAAAAUCAGCCUAUGGAUGCCUUACAGGCAUACAUCUGUGCAGUCCAGCUUGAUAAAAGCCACACAGCAGCAUGGACUAACCUUGGUAUUUUGUAUGAAAGCUGUAACCAGCCCAGUGAUGCAUUUGCUUGUUAUGUGAAUGCAACAAGAGGUUCUGGUGGAAAUACUGGGAGCCCAAUAAGUCCAAACAAUACAUCUAGUACCAUUAAUAAUAACUUAGCAUCACUAACAACGUCACCAAGCAGAGCUCCAGGGGGUAUGAAUCCCAACCUGAGCCAAAGAAUAAAGUUCCUGCAGAGUCACUUAGCAAGCGCACCAAUGCCCAGCAUUACCAGCAAACGUCGGCAACUGCCAUCAAUAGAGGAGGCAUGGAACCUCCCCAUAUCUGCAGAAAUGUCAUCACGACAACAGCAACAACAGCAGCAACAGAACCAAGCUGUUGCGCAGCAGAGGGGGCCAGGAACACCAUUCCAGAAGGGAUACACACAGCCAGGACCACAACCUCAGUACAAUGGUAUAAAUGGCCAUCACCAAGUCUCUCCCCAGGGUCCUCCUCCACCCUAUCCAGUGCAAACAAAUGCUGCUGGGACGAAGAGAUUCAAGAGUGGGGGAGAUGUAGUUGAAAAUAGCCCUCCUGGUGCAAGAGUGGCACCAGCAACCAACCAACAGAGAGCAGUGCCACCACCAACAUUUAUGAACCAACAGCAGCUACACAUGCUCCAGUAUUUGCAACAGAACAUAGCAAACCUUAACCCACAACAACAGGGUAUGCUGCAGCAGUUGCAACACCAGUAUCGAUUAAUGCAACAGCAUCAGCUGAAGCUACAACAGCAGCAGCAGCAACAGCAACAACAACAACAGCAGCAGCAACAGCAGCAACAACAACAGCAGCAACAACAACAGCAGCAGCAGCAGCCACAAAGACCUGCAGGAAUUACAAGGCAACCACAGCAGCCAGCACAGUAUUCACCAUACCAACAGAGUUCUGUUAUUAAAACAUACAGUAUGCCACAGCAAACACAGGGUUCAGUAGCACCACAGACUGGUUUUACGGAUGCUAGUAUUGGGUAUUCUGCUGCCACACCUAGCACACAGCAAUCACCUGGAAUGCCCUACAAAAGUGCAACAGUGGACCAUCAGUUAUCAUAUCAACAGAGAACUUCCUCCCAACUGCAGCAUUAUCCAUAUGGUACUCAGGCUAAUUCUACAGGCUUCACACAGAUAUCUUCAACAACAACACCUCAUGCAACACCGCCAGCUCAUUCAACUUUGGAGUCAAGUUCUUAUCACCAUACUUAUCCAACAUCAAAUUCUCCUUCGAGCAAAGAACUUGCUGUGAGUGACCAAGAGCUACAGGCUUUACUUUCCCAGAAGGAUAUUGCAACAUCACUAGCAGAAGAUUUGUUGAAACAUUUUGGGUCAGGUAGUGAAGAUUUAGAUGUGAAGGUGGAAGAGCCUAUAUCAACAAAUCAAGUUGCCAUUACGUCAACAUCAAAUCAACAGAACUCCAAUACUUUGAGCUCAGGACCAUUUUCUCCCUCAAAUUUGCCAGAUGACAGCAGUGGCAAUAAUUCUACAGUAAUAAUGAACUCUGGUGCAUCUACUGCUGGCGAAGCUGUGAAUGUAAAACAGUCGAUGUCUCCAGCAGUCAGUACUGCAAAUAGUCCAAAACUUGAGCAGGCACCAACACCUUCGUCCAGUGCUUCUACUGUAACAUGCUCACCCAAACAAGAGAUAAAAACAGAAGGAAUAUCCACUACUGUGAAAAGUGAAUCUCAGAGCUUAAUUACGACAAGAAGUACUUCACAAACUUCCCAGAACACCAAUCGUGUUCCAUCAGUAUUACAGCAGGAUUUGAAAGUAGAAGCUGCAGUUUUAGAAUUUUCGAACUUAUGUGAGCCCCAACCUGAAACAGAAUACAGCAUAGAUAUGGAUGCCAAGUCUGUGAUAGAGGCAUGCAAGGGCCGAGGGCUAAAUGGUGUCUCAAACUGCAGCAUUUUGUCAGACCGUGCUCCUCCACCGCAGCCUCCAGAUCCACCUCAGCAGCGACUAACAAGAGAACAGCUGCUUCCUCCAACUCCCUCUGUGUACCUGGAAAACAAAAAGGAUGCAUUCAGUCCACAGCUACAAGAGUUCUGCCUCAAGCAUCCAAUUGCUGUUGUCAGAGGCCUAGCUGCAGCACUUAAAUUAGACCUAGGUCUGUUCUCAACAAAGACACUUGUUGAGGCAAAUCCAGACCAUAGCGUUGAAGUUAGAACACAAAUGCAGCAAACAUCAGAUGAAAACUGGGAUCCACAGCAAGGCCGAAAAGUUUGGGCCUGUAUUAGUCACAGAUCACACACCACUAUUGCCAAAUAUGCUCAGUAUCAGGCAUCGUCUUUCCAGGACAGCUUGAAGGAAGAAGGUGAAAGAACUGCAGGAGCACACAACAGUAAUCUGUCAGAUUCGGACUCGAAAGAUUCUACAGGAAAUGUGCGUCGAAAGAAAGGAGGUGCAUUUGGAGGUUCAGGUGGUGGGAAGUCGGGGCCCAAAAUGUUAAGAUUUGGUACUAAUGUUGAUCUCUCAGAUGAACGAAAAUGGAGACCUCAACUGCAGGAACUCAUGAAAUUACCAGCAUUUGCUCGUGUUGUCUCUGCUGGAAAUAUGUUGUCCCAUGUUGGUCAUGUUAUUCUUGGCAUGAACACAGUACAACUGUACAUGAAGGUUCCUGGAAGCAGGACUCCGGGACACCAAGAGAAUAAUAACUUCUGCUCCAUCAAUAUUAACAUUGGCCCAGGUGACUGUGAAUGGUUUGCUGUGCCUGAUGCAUACUGGGGAGUUAUUUACAAUCUUUGUGAAAGGAAUAAUAUAAACUACCUUCACGGCUCCUGGUGGCCUUCUUUAGAUGAUUUAUAUGAGGAAAAUAUACCAGUCUAUCGAUUCAUGCAGAGGCCAGGAGAUUUAGUAUGGGUCAAUGCAGGUUGUGUUCAUUGGGUUCAGGCUGUUGGAUGGUGCAACAACAUUGCAUGGAAUGUUGGCCCACUGACCGCAAGGCAGUAUCAGUUGGCUAUAGAACGCUAUGAGUGGAAUAAACUUCAAAGUUUCAAAAGUAUUGUUCCAAUGGUCCAUCUUUCUUGGAACCUCGCACGCAAUAUUAAGGUUUCUGAUCCUAAACUUUUUGAGUUGAUCAAAAAUUGUUUGCUAAGGACAUUACGCCAAUGUGCCAUGAUAUUAGAAUUUGUGAAGUCAAAAGGUGUAGAAGUGAGAUUCCAUGGUCGAGGAAAGAAUGAAGCAUCUCAUUACUGUGGACAGUGUGAGAUUGAAGUUUUCAACAUCCUCUUCAUCAGAGAACAAGAAAAAAGGCAUGUUGUUCAUUGUAUGGACUGUGCCAGAAAGCAGGCACCAAGUUUGGAAGGGUUUGUGUGUCUCGAAGAAUAUAGCAUGGAAGAACUAAUGGAAGUGUUCGAUCAUUUCACAUUACAUGAUCCAAAAAGCCCAUCAAAUCAAUUGAGCCUACCAUCAUGAUGACUACAAAUGCUAGCAUUAGCAAGUAGGUAAUGGUCUGCUGCAGCAAGCUUGGAACAAUGAGUUUAAGCUGCAAAAUUUGUGUUGAAUCCUCACUAUGCAUGAUCUCCAUUACUGGGGAGUGGAAGAUAUAUUUCUACAAGUGAAACAUUUCACAUUAUAUAUAAAGCCUUUUUUAUGAAAAGAGUGAAAUGCAGAAUUCAGAGUUAUAUUUUAAUACAAAUAUAAAGUAAUUUUACGAAGACUCACAACUGUAGAUCAAGACAAAAAGGAAAUAAAGUGAUGUGCUGCAUAGACUGACCUCAUGUUGAAAGAAAGGCAGUAGGAUAUGUACUAGUGACAAUCUACCUGCUGCAUGUUUAUGUGCAUCUUGUAAAUAGAGGAAGUAAUUUGUGGAUGUACAUCGAAACAUUUCUAUGAAUGUCAAACGGGUGAUCUCAUGUUUUAUCCUCAUGUUUUGAACAGUGGAUAAAUAUAUUUGUACAGUUUCUAUUUAUUAGGACAUUGUGGAAUGUGAAAAACCUGAGUAUCAGGUCACAAGCAAUUCAAGUGUAAAUAAAUAACGAGAACGUUACUUGAAGCAAUUAUGAGAAUUGCUUAUUUAGGAAGACAGUAUAACACCUGCCUAAGAAGUUACAGGGCAAUUGAUACUAAAUUUUUGACAGUGUAUUAAUGUCCAACAAAUUUAGUGCUGCAAUCAACAGUUAUGUGAUGAGCUUCUUAAAAAUUAAGAGACUAUGUAAAGCUGUAAUUUGAUAACAAAAUAUGAAAGUGAAAAAUAUUUUAUGGUAGUUUCUGGAGUUAAAGUCACAGGGCAUUAAUUAUUACACAAUUUUGUGUAUUGGAUCAUUGGUAGUGAUCUACUUUCUUCCUUUUAAGACAAGUGUUGACUCAAGCGAUGCAAUAUUUGAAUUGUGAUUUUGUGAUAAGACUGACUUUCACUGCCAAAAGGAAGUAAGAAUUUCGUUUUUGGAUUAAUGGUGUGCUGUUGAAAGAAUCUGAAGUAAUGUGUAAUUACUUUGCAGUUACCACGCAUUUGUUUAUAUGCACAGGAUUUGUUGUAUAGUAUUCAGAUUUAAAAGAACUAGCUAUCACUGCCAGUAGCUUAUUUGCAUAAACUGCAUAGUGCUUGUUAAACUUUUAGAAAUCUAUUUAACACACAAAACCAACUUGACCUUUAUUUGUGGCAUAUAUAGGAUGUUCUAUUUUAUAUGAGAAUGGUAUGUUUUGUUUGUUUCUGUAGACUGAGUUUAGGAUUCAUGUAAAUAAUUUAUGAUAAGUAAUAACAAUAUUAAAAAUGAAAAUGGAACAUCCAUUGCAGUUCGACAAACAGUAUGUGAAAUGAAAAAAUGUAUUAGAUCUUUUACUCUGAAGCUUGUAGUGGCUCGUUCAUUUUCUAAUGUAAAUCAUCCUUUGAGGUAAUUUAUUUAAGAAUUGACAUGAUUAUCUUAUUCUCCAGAGUUUAAUUACAUAUUUUAAUAAUUGUUGUGUAUUUUACUAUGUUAAUAUUUUCCUAGAGAUCUUUAUCCUCUGUGAAAGAGUUGUCUAAAUGUAAUUUUUAUUUCUUUACACUUCUGGUGACUAUUUGGUUAAUGUAUUUUGAGUCACAACUGUUAAAAUAUUCCAUUACAGCUCUAGCCACAGUUACGGUAAACUUCAGAAUGUCUUGCAGGCUGUGAAUAUUUUGUCAGUAGAUGAUAAAGUAAAAUCAAUUUUUGACAGUUAUGAUAUAGAAAUGUAAUAAUCCUAAGUUAUUUGGUUUUUAACACAUGCCCUUAUAGUGUUGACUCUUAUGUUUGUAUCUUGAGUGUGUUCUUUUGGUUCAGUAUUGGAAUGGAUCACAGCUAAUAAUUUUAAUUAAAAGAAGCGUAUGAUGUGGAAAAGAGGUAUAUGUAAAGACACACAUACACAAACUAUAUUCGCUUUUUGUUGCCAAGCCACUGAAACAGAUGUCGUGGUAUAUCACAGAUGUGCAAGGCACUUUGUUUAUACAUAUAUUCAUAGAUAUAUAUACCUAUACAUAUAUCUGUCAUUCUUUUUAUGGUAAUAAUUUGCCUCUACGUGUGGCAGUGUAUAAGCUUUUUGUUCUUAUUUCUGUAAUCAUUUGAUGUGCUGAUUUUAUUGUUUACAAUAUGAUUAAAUUUGUCAAAACCUGUG